AUGGGGGAGAUAUUCGGAGGAGGAGAGGGGGGUGGGGGAGUUGAGGGUAGAGAAGAGGGAGGUGGAGGAGAUGAGGGAGGUGGAGCAGAGGGGGGAGAUGAGGACAUAGAUAUUGGUGGAGACAUCAAGUCUAAUAUCAGCGGAGAUAAUGAUGAUUCUUCAAGGUCAUUGAGCAGUGAGGAUGGUGAUGAUGAUGAUGAUAUGCCAGAGUUGGAGGACGUGCCUACUACAAAGGGUGGACGAGGACAAGUGGGUGAAAGGGAUGAUGAUGAUCCACAGAUUCUCAAAGCAUGGAUUCAGAGUCUAGAGGAGGAGGUUGCCAGACGAGAUGUCGAGCAAGAGGCUUACCGUACAGACUAUGAUGCAUUAGAGGCUGAGAGGGAUCAUCUCCAGAGGGAGAGAGAUGAGGCAGUCAGACUGUCACAGAUGAUUCAAGAUGCUUAUGAUCAACACUUUUCUCCAGGUACUAAUGCACGAAGACAAUCUGACAAACUUUACUAG